ACGGGCCGGUGCAGCCGCCAAAGUCCUGACUAACACAGCAGCAGGCGGCGGCGGCGGCGGCGGCGGCAUGGAGUGCAGCCCUCCUGUUUUCGAUAAGCCCAAGGUAGAACUUCAUGUCCACUUGGAUGGAGCCAUUAAAGCAGAAACUAUUCUAUACUUUGGCAAGAAAAGAGGAAUACGUCUCCCUGCGGAUACCGAAGAAGGCCUUCUACAACAUAUUAGUUAUGAUACGCCACUCAAUCUCACUGGCUUUCUUUCAAAGUUUGCUUUGUACAUGCCAGCAAUUGCAGGUGACCGAGAAGCUGUGGAAAGAAUUGCUUAUGAGUUUGUGGAAAUGAAAGCAAAGGAGGGUAUGAUCUAUGUUGAGGUGAGGUACAGCCCUCAUCUCCUCGCCAAUUGUGGAGUACAUCCUAUUCCAUGGGAUCAAAAAAAGGGAGACCUUACUCCAGAUGAAGUGGUUAGCCUUGUUAAUCGAGGAUUAAAAGCUGGAGAAAAGGCUUUCAACAUCAAAGCCAGGUCUAUUCUAUGCUGCAUGCGCCACAUGCCAAGCUGGUCACCAGAAGUAGUGGAACUGUGUAAGAAGUAUCGGAAUGAUUCAGUGGUUGCUAUAGACUUAGCUGGAGAUGAAUCAAUAAUUGCUGAGACCUGCCCAGAACAUCGAAAAGCAUAUGAAGAAGCUGAAAGAUGUGGUAUUCAUCGGACUGUUCAUGCUGGAGAGGUUGGAAAAUCCCAGGUCAUCAAAGAGGCAGUCAACAUCCUUAAGGCAGAACGAAUUGGCCAUGGCUAUCACAUCUUUGACGAUGAACAGCUUUACAAACAGUUGUUGAAACAAAAUAUACAUUUUGAGCUCUGUCCUUGGUCUAGUUAUCUCACCGGAGCAUGUAAAACCACCUUCUGUAAACAUCCCGUAAUAAGAUUUAUGAAGGAUGGUGCAAAUUAUUCCUUGAACACAGAUGAUCCACUCAUUUUCAACUCCACAAUUGACACAGAUUACAAAAUAGCUCGGGACUCCAUGAACUUUACCGAAGAGGAAUUCAAGAGAUUGAAUAUAAAUGCAGCGAAGUCCAGCUUCUUGAUAGAGAAAGAGAAAAAGGAGCUUCUGUACAAGCUGUAUGAAGCCUAUGGGAUGGUAAAAAGCAAAGAAUUCUGAUCUCUUCUGUGCCAGCUGGUGUGAACAUUUUUCUUGACCAAUUUUAUGCUUGUCCAAGAUCUUUGUUCUGCUUCUUGGAAGACAAUGUGCAAACUUAGUAUUAUUACCUAUUUACUUCGAUUAUCCACAGGCUGGGGCAUGUACUAUAGAUAUACAAAACAGUAUUCUUAUGAUGGUGGGUACUGUAAUUUUAAUUUUAAUGUUUUAAAGAUGGAAUAUAAGCUGCUCAGACAUCUGGAGGUUGGAAAUAGGAAUACAUUUAUUGUCAUUACAUUCAUUUAAGUUCCAACUCUGGUAUACCAAUUUUGCAGGCAAUUUACUAUUUCAAAAACUUACCAAUAGGUCAAAUGAACUGUUUAUAUGCAACAGCAGACAAAGCCUAUCUCAACCUGUUUUUUAAAUCAUUUUGAAAAAUAAUCUGCCUCACUAAUUCAUCUGCAAGUGUUGUGUUCUGUGCCUACAUUAGUGGAAGGAAGAAAAAUCAUAAGUAUCUAUUAUCAAUGAAUUUUUUUUAGAACAUCACAUUGUGCUCAAAAAUCUCAUGAAAACACAUGUUACCUUAUCAUUUAACUUGAUUAGAUUGAUUUUAUUUUACUUGCACUAAACAUCAAUUCAUUUUUUUAAAAAAAAUUCAUUCAUUUCUGUGAUGUCAAAAUGUAAAAAUAGUCUUUCAUCCAGAGAAAGUUGUGUGGGAGAAAUGCUUAUAAUACUGAUUUAGCAUUUGCCUUCUCAAAACCAGUCUUGCCUAAAAUGUCUUAUGCUGGAGAUGUGCCAUGGGAAAAGCAGUAUUUUAAGAAAUAGAAUUUCACAGAAUUUCUAUUUAUUUUUGGAUUUUAUAAAAAAUGAAGAUUUAAAGUAUGUAUUCCCACAUAUUUACUGAGCCAUUUGCCUUGUUCCUUACCUGCACUAUACUUAGUUUGACUGGGAAUUACGUGGCUAAACUAUAGCAUAUUGACAUUUUUUGUUUGUUUGUUUUUUGUUGAGACCAACAGCAAGGUAACAUUAUCUAAUGGUGCUCAGUUACCUUGCUUUAACUGUGACAGCUGCUUAGUAAAGUGAUACCCAAAUAAAUUAGACAAAACAACUAGUACCAAACUGGCUAUUUUGCUGGAUUUUGUUCCCUAAGGAAACUAAAAA